CUCCCGAGGCGCGCCGGUACGACGAAUCCAACACGCGUUUUCCGAGGCGGGAGGCGUCGGGGAGGCUCGAAGAGGAAGGAGAAGCCCCACAACUUGCCCUCCCGCUGCCGUGGCGCCGCCGCGUUUUCGUCCCCGCUCGCCAGCCCCAGAUGGAGGACAUGGAGGUCCCUUUGGUCAACAACCUCAACGACAACAGCGACAGACUGAGGGCGAAAGGGAAAGAUGUGUUCAAGGACCAGCACAAGGAGUCCGAGAGCUCCAUGGAGUCUCCCAACCUGGAGUUUGAAUACGGCGACACGGACGCGAUCACGGCUGAACUCUCAGAGCUUUUCAGCUACACCGAAGAACCGGAGUUUGCUCUGAACAGAGAUUACUUUGAGGAGGACUUCAGAAGCCAUGCCCGAGGCAGACGUUGGAUCGAUCUGAGCCCGGACGACCGCCGCACGUAUGUGAUGAGAUUACUCGACGCGUUAGAGGUGACUGACCGGGACAAGAGGCUGAAGGUGGCCCGGUCCAUCCUCUACCUCGCCCAGGGGGUAUUUGACGAGUGCGACACCGAAGCGGACUUGCUCCGCUGGUCCAGGCAAAACGUCUUCCUGCUGUACGACAUGGGCAUCUUCACAGCCCUGCUGGAGCUUCUCAGCAUGGAGAUAGACAACAACCAAGCAUGCAGCAGCGCGGUGAGAAAGCCCGCCAUCUCCCUUGCCGACAGCACAGAACUGAGGGUGCUGCUCAGCAUCAUGUACCUGAUGGUGGAGACCAUCCGAGUUCAAACGGAGGACGACGGACCGCAGUGGAGGGCGGCCAGGGAGGCCUUUAAGAACGAGCUAGCCGCCCCCCUGUACAACGGCGAGCCCUUCGCGCUGCUCCUCUUCUCCAUGGUGACCAAGUUCUGCAGCAUGAGCGCACCUCAUUUCCCCAUGAAGAAAGUGCUCCUCCUCCUAUGGAAGACGAUCCUGUUCACCUUGGGAGGCUUCGAGGAGCUGCAGGCGAUGAAGGUGCUGGGGCGCGAGCGUCUCCGGCUGCCCCCCCUCCCCGAGGACAGCAUCACGGUGGUGAGGGCCAUGAGGGCCGCCUCGCCCCCCGCCUCCGCCAUGGAGCUCAUCGAGCAGCAGCAGCAGCAGAAAAGGGGGCGGCGGAGUCGCAGGAGUGCCUUUGUUGAUAGCUUGGAAGGAGACAGUCCCUUUCCCAAGAAGCAGCCGCUGGUCAAACAGGACAGCCUGGACACGUACAACGAGCGGGACCCGUUCAAGAACGACGACGUCCGCGACGACGAGGAGGACCCCGACGACCCCGACGGCGGCAUGGAGGGCGAGGUGGACCCUUUGGACCGCGACGUCAUCAUCCAGCCGCCGCCGCCUCUGCGGCCCCCCACCGAGAGGGUCAACUUCCCCAAGGGCCUCCCCUGGGCCCCGAAAGUCAGGGAGAAGGACAUCGAGCACUUCCUGGAGACAAGUCGGAACAAGUUCAUCGGCUUCACCCUCGGAAAUGACACCGAGACCCUCGUGGGCCUUCCCCGACCCAUCCACGAGAGUGUGAAGACUCUGAAACAGCACAAAUACGUGUCCAUCGCCGAAGUGCAGAUGAAACGCGAGGAGGAGCUCCAGCAGUGUCCGCUGAGCUUGGGCGAGGAGGAGGUGGAAGAGACCCCCGCCGAGGUGCUGUACCUGGGCAUGCUUCCGAACCUCUCGCAGUACGUGAUCGCCCUCCUAAAGCUGCUGUUGGCCGCGGCGCCGACCUCCAAAGCCAAAACGGACUCCAUCAACAUCCUCGCCGACGUGCUACCUGAGGAGAUGCCAAUCACGGUCCUCCAGAGCAUGAAGCUGGGCAUCGAUGUCAACCGGCACAAAGAAAUCAUCGUCAAGGCCAUCUCCGCCCUGCUGCUGCUGCUCCUCAAACACUUCAAACUCAACCACGUCUACCAGUUUGAGAUCGUCUCCCAGCAUCUGGUGUUUGCCAACUGCAUCCCGCUCAUCCUCAAGUUCUUCAACCAGAACAUCAUGUCUUAUAUCAGUGCCAAAAACAGUAUUUGUGUGUUGGACUUCCCCCACUGCGCCGUCCACGAGAUGCCCGAGCUCACCGCCGAGAGCCUGGAGGCUGGAGACAACGCCCACUUCUGCUGGAGGAACCUCUUCUCCUGCAUCAACCUGCUCCGAAUCCUCAACAAGCUGACCAAGUGGAAACACUCUCGGACCAUGAUGUUGGUGGUCUUCAAGUCGGCCCCCAUCCUGAAGCGAGCGCUGAAGGUCAAGCAGGCCAUGAUGCAGCUGUACGUGCUCAAGCUGCUGAAAAUCCAGACCAAGUACCUGGGCCGCCAGUGGCGGAAGAGCAACAUGAAGACCAUGUCGGCCAUCUACCAGAAGAUAUCGACGCGCGGCCUUGGGACUUCCAAGCGGAGGAGUGCGCCCUGCGGGAGAGCAUCGAGAAGUUCAACGGCCGGCGCUACGACAAAAACCGCAACGGCGACUUCGCCCCCGUGGACAACUGCCUGCAGAGCGUACUGGGGCAGCGCGUGGACCUGCCCGACGACUUCCACUACAGCUACGAGAUGUGGCUGGAGAGGGAGGUCUUCUCGCAGCCCAUCGAGUGGGAGGGCCUCCUGCAGGAGCCGUGACGACGGGUGGGGUGUGCGGUGGUGGUGGUGGUGGUGCCGCCGGGGGCAGCGUAAGACGUUCCUAUCACGGCCCCGAACGCUCACAUGGACGAGGCGGCCAGGAACUGAGGUAGCGUUUCCUGAUAAUCUCAAAGCGGGGGUCACCGGAUCUCCGGGGAUCCGCGAGCCAUGGCUUUGGGGUCCACAAAAUAAUCAGCAUUACAUUUUAUAUUAUUUUAAAAAAGAAAAAAGCAUAACUACAUGUGGGGACCAGCGCGCCAAUAAAAAAAAUAAUACCGUAAUUCCCGGCGUACAGUGCGCACCUGGUUAUAAGCCUCGGUACACAGCUGGCUAGCGCGGCGCGAACGUUAUCUUUCUGUGUACCGAGGCUUGUUGCCAGGUGCCCUAAUGCCAGCCCCGUGCUAACGUUAGCGCCACAUCGCCACAAAAACUGGAGGUUAGCUAGCAGGGCGUGAGUGUUACUCUUUCUGUGUACUGAGGCUUGUAACCAGGUGCCCCAACGCUAGCGCCGUGCUCACGCUAGUGCUGCAUCAUCGUAUAACCCGCAGGCUAGCUACUGCGGCGCGAGCAUUAAACUUUCUGUGUAGCGAGGCUUAUAACCGGGUGCGUUAACGCUUGCCCUGUGCUAAUGCUAGCACCGCAUAAACCGCAGGCUAGCUAGUGCGGCGCAAGCGUUAAACUCUUUCUGUGUAUCGAGGCUUAUUACCAGGUGCGCUAACGCUAGCGCCACAUCACCGCUAAACCGCAGGGUUGAAAGCGUGUGAAAAAAGUCGCGGCUUGUAGGCCAGAAAUUACGGUACAUGAAAUACGGCACGAUGUUGCGACGAGCCGGUGCAUAUUAUUUGAAAGGUUUUAGCCAAGUGAGAUCUGGCACCAAUACUGCCAAGCCUUACAAAUACAGUCUAUGAAGUUUUUUACAACAAUACUUUAAUAUUUAUAAGUUUAUAUUGUACCUGCGGAUGAAAUAGGCAAGCUUGCGGUCAAAAUGGACCCGAGCCGUCCAUUCGAGCCAGCCGAGCCUUUCGUUUAAUGGCAAUUUUUCUCGUUGCCUCUCUCUGUAGCAACCGUCUUAUUUGCAGUCAACGAAUGCAAAUAUUUGGGUUAACGAUCUCAAAUUUGAAUAAGAAAUGCCGAUUAAAUGAGACGCACUGGUCAGGUAUUCAUUUUUCAAAUGAUGUCGACUUUUUUUGAGGACACCCGUUUCUAAUUGCCAAAACGACACAGCAGCUGUAGGCGGGGAAAAUGAGGCUAAUUGUUAUUGUUUUGUGACAAACAAAAUGUGACGCAUUUUAAAUUUUAAGACUUGAGGGAUGGUAUUAAUCUGCCCAAAUACUGCACAAAAAAAAGAAGAAAAAAAAAACACAUCCAGUACUUGCGCUGCGCCUUCACAAGCACAUUGUCAAUUUUUAAAGUUAAAUUUAUUUUUAUUUUCUCGACUUGACCUGCCAACAACGUGAGCUUCAGGGCAAUGCCGGGCUCCACUGAAGCACAACACACAAUUGUCAAUGUGUCAGAUGUUGUAUUUUAUUCUUAUUUCAAAGAAUUAUUUUGAUGUCCACUUCUGUAUUUCUUUUUGAAUGUGCAUGAUGGCCACGUAUUUUUUUUUUAAUGUUCUGUUAUUGUUUGCAAAUGGGUAAAUGUCUCAGAAGAAUAAUAUACUUGUAGAAUCUCAGGUUUACACAGAUGCUACGUUGCAAAGCUUUUAUCACGAUGAGCUCCUGGACACUUGCACAUUCUUGUACUGAACAUUAAUAACGACAUUGUUACAUUUGUGCCGAAAUAUGAGUGGCAUUUUUACUUCCUCACUCUUGCCUCCGUUAUGCCAAAUGUGAUUUAUUUUAUACUUCAAAACUGUACAGUCUAUGAAAAUAGACUUAUUAUAUCUUAAUAGAAUAUGUCAAAAGUGUUACGGUUCUUGUCAUGAUGUCUAUCCGGGUUUUUUUUUUUGAGGGUAUGUGCAAUUAUGGAUCAGCAGAGGCUUUAUUUGAGAUAUUAAAUACAUAACAUGACAGUUACCUAUUAAACAAU